CCCUCUAGGCAGGUAACAUUCAUCCAUCUGAUCAGUCAAGAGUCACCUGUCUCAGGGAGGAGGUGAGGCUGCAUUUGAAAGCCCCUUCAAGUUGCAAGAGCCAGUGUCUCUCAGUUGAACGGACAAAGAUGUCAUCGGCAGCUGUUUCGGUCUCCUUGCCUACUGGCUUCUCCGUCCUGACAACAUUUCCUGAUCUCCUCUUUAUCCCUGAAUUUGUGUUUGGAGGCCUUGUCUGGAUUCUGGUGGCCUCAACCAGGGUAGUUUUUCAGAUGCUGCAAGGCUGGGUUAUGUUUGUCUCCGUGUUCUGCUUCACAUUCUCAGCUCUUCUCAUGUGCCUCUAUUUCUGCGGCGCUCACAGUGGAAAAUCUUCUUGGAUUGCAGUGGAUGCUUUCUAUCAUUCAAUGGCUGCUCUGUUUUACCUGAGUGCUGCUGUUUUACAAGCCUAUGCCACCAUCAUUGCCCAUGAUGCUUUCCUAUUUAAAGUUUACCAGGAAGAUAUUGCAGCAGUGGUAUUUGCAUUUUUAGCCACCUUGACGUAUGUGAUCCAUGAAGGGUUCUCUCUGCUGAGAUGGAAAUCAUCAUAAAACCUCCAGAGCUUCCCCUAAGCCUUAAGGAAUCCAUCUUGAGCAACCUUCUGAGUUAUGAUCCAAGCAUAUGUCAUCACACAAUUGCUCGUCUUACACUGGAAUACUUUGAUGUACAGACUACUAUACGCUGCUUGUACUUGGUACUAUGACAACGAUGAAAAAAAAUCUGCCUGGAGAUAUCUAUUUUUCAGCAAAAUGGUUUCCUUUUGGUGUCUUCUAAGUCAGACAGUUUUGUUGUAGGGAACUGGGAACCUGCUUUACUUCUCUCUGUUUUGUCCCAUCUCCCUGGGACUGGGCCAGCUGUUGGAAUGAAUCAAGGGCAUCUCUCAAUCCCUUGCCAGUGAAGGGAGCCUCGGGCUGUGGUGGAACUUUGGUCUCAACAGCUUAGCCUCCUGAGGACUGAAAUGUUUUUUAGUCUAAAUCAAGUGUUUGGGCUUAAUAUUGGAGUAUCUGGGUGAAAAUUAAUUGGCCUGUGAAAUUCAGGGAGGUCAGACUAGAUGCUCUAAUGGUCUCUUCUAACCUCAAAUUCUAUGAAAUUUUCAAAGGAAAGCCUCCCAGCUGAGUACCUUGAUUCAUUCCUGGGCUCUACAGAUAACGCCGUCAUUCACCACUGGCCCAUCUCUUUGCCUUCCUCUCUUUCACUUCCUUGGGGAUUGUUUAAUUUUACAUAAACCACAUGCAGAGUAGCUCAAAUGGGCCCCGAUCCAGCAUUCAGCUCCAUGCAGAGCUCUACUGAUUUCAUGGGGGCUCUGCAAAGCUGCAGGGAUCUGCUUGCAGGAUCAGGGCCAUAUUCUGUAGCAGUUGUCAAAGAAAGUCGAUAGUGUCUGUUGGCUCUUUAGGCAAGACAGCCAGAAAAGCAAGUGACAUCUUCUGUCAUUUUCUCAACACUGGGAGCGAGAGUGGAGAAGAAGCAGAUACAUGAAUUACUAAAAUUCACCACAUUGAACAGAAUAGUUCAAGCUGCAUCAGCAUUUUUAAGGUCACAAAUAUGUAUAUGUGUUGGUCUGACACACUGAUGCCAAUAGGCCAAUUGCCACUCACUUCAGUGGAAGCAGGAACAGGGUCUAACAACUCAGAAUCCUGACACUCUGAAAGAUACAUGCCACAUUUUCAAACUUAGCUGCUUAAUGUUAGACACUUGAAGCUGUAUUUAGGUGCUUAAUUUUAGGCACCUAAAUUUUAACCAAAAUAUUUUCUCUUCUUGAUCCAGACAGCAACAGACCCAGUACAAAUCUCCUGGCACAUAGAAACACAGCUCUGAGAUUUAUUCAUCAUAAAGUUUUCCCUUAACAUCUGUUAUAACAGAGCAGUAUUUCAGGCAGUCACUGUAAACGUUCUCUUCACUUUGCUCCCCAGGGAAGCAGAAUAGUUGUUCCUGUUUCUCAUUGCAAUGUGAAUUUUUGCAAACUUUAAGGAUAUUCUUGAGUUAAGAGAGAAAAUUAUACAUCCCAAAAAUUACUGUUGUGUUAAUCAGAUGAGGGAAGAUUACUUAGAUGGUGUGCUGUGUAGUCUGUAGGCUAACUUUAAAAUAAUGAUCACCUCAAUAGGGAUAAUAAACUGUUCUCAAACAAAUUGUUUGGUUUGUUCAUUAGGAAGAAUUCACAAAGAAAAUCAUGUGAAAUUUACAAAUACUGCAUAGCUAAUAAAAA